GCAAUGGCACUGCCCACACUCCCUCCAUUUAACCCCGUUACCUUCCUCCCUCUUUCCCCUCAUACCAUUCUCUCUUUAAUUAUUCUUCUCUCUGCAUUUGUUUGCUUCCUCUCAAUUCCCGUUUCUGGGUCUUCUUCUUCUCGCUAUGACACUUAUCAAAAUCAGUAAGUUCAGCCCAAAACGUCUAUUUCGGACCAAGAAGGACCGGUCCAUGGUCUCCAGAUCCGACCCAUCAUCGUUUGGUUCCGGCACCACGUCGUCGUCCUCCUCCGACUCCUCUCUGACCCACCACAAGCCCCGUUCGACCAACGUCGGCGCAGAUGUCGGGACGCCUACUAGCGUCCUUCCCGAGAUUUCGGGUGACUGGUCCGAUAUUUAUGGGGAGCUUGUGCAGGCUUUCAAGAUUAUAGACAGGGACAAUGAUGGGAUUGUCUCGAGGAGCGAGCUGGAGGCGUUGCUAAGCAGGCUUGGAGCGCAGCCUCCGAGCCUGGAGGAGGUGGCGACGAUGGUGAGGGAGGUUGACAGUGACGGAGACGGGUGUAUCAGCGUGGAGGCCUUGAUGAGCCGGAUAGGGUCGGCUUACGAGCCGGCAUGUGACGCCGAGAUGAGAGAGGCUUUCGAGUUCUUUGACACCGAUCACGACGGUAGGAUCACAGCGGAGGAGUUACAGGGUGUGUUUGCCGCUAUUGCGGAUGAUCGGUGCACGUUAGACGAGUGCCGGCAAAUGAUAGCCAGGGUGGAUAAAAAGGGGGACGGGUUUGUGUGUUUUGAUGACUUCUGUCGUAUGAUGGAGCUCCAAGCGUGAUUAAUCUUGCGAUCGCGAUGCUCCCGAUGAUCAUACACCGUUCAUUUUUCUUGGUUUUUUCCCUUGGGUGUGGGUUUUAGCUAAGGUAAAUAGAUCGGACGGCUGUGGUUGACUGAUCGUAAGGUGAAAAAAUUGUGCUUUCCUCCUCCGAAUAUAUAUAUAUAUAUGGAUGGACGGCUGUGGUUGACUGAUCAUAAGGUGAAAAAGUUGUGCUUUUCUCCCCCGAAUAUAUAUGAGACUCAUUCCAUAAUCAUAA